AUGUCCGCCGUCAUCAACCUCCUGAACACAAUCUGGACGCGCUUCAGCACCAACCUGCGCGGCACCCUCGAGGGCAUGUCCGCAGAGAAAUGGAUCCGCCUCGUCAUCAUCGUCGGCGCCUACUGCCUGCUCCGCCCUUACCUGAUGAAGCUGGCCGGCAGCUCGCAGAUGAAGCAGCACGAGACCAAGCCCGAGGACGAGUUCGACGGGCCCAAGGCAAAAGUGCAACCCAAUACGCUGCGCGGGCAGGUGGAUAUCCCCGAGGAUAGCGACGAUGAAGGCACUAGCCAGGCCACGGGCGCGACGACGUCGACCGACUGGGGAAAGAAGGCGCGCAAGAGGCAGCGCGACGUGCUCAAGAAGAUGAUUGAUGCUGAGGAGAAGAGGCUUGCUGAGCUGCAGGAGGAUGAUGAGGACAAGGACAUUGAGGAGUUCUUGGUGAAGGAGUAG